AUGAGUGACUUCGAGCUUAUCGGGGAAGAAGAGAUAUUCUUGGGCGGUGAAACGGGAGACAUGGGUGACGUGGGCGACGAAACGGUUUGCUCAAAUUUUUCCGACGUCACGAUUGGACAGUUCGGCUCUGCCAGAGUGCUGAAAGAUGGAGGGGACGCCAGCCCCGGGAAGCGGUCACCCGUAAAGGUACGUGUAACUUAUGGCUCACCGAAGCUAUAUAUCAAUAUCCAUUUGGAAUUAUUCUGAUUGACCCCCCAUCACCAGUCCCGCCCGCAAACCCCGACCAACCGCCAACCCAUCUCAACAACUGCAACUCCCAAAACCACCCGUCCUGGGUCCCGCCAUACUAACAUGCAAUCAUCGCCGGAUUCCCCGGUCGCCCCUCCUGAUCACAGCCAAGCGGCAAAUCUUCUGCUCGACUUUACACAGCAAUUUGACGCAAUUACUUCGCGUCCGCCGGCGCCGACAACACCUCUGCACCGCCGCACAAAGUCCGCUUCCCCAACCAAGGGUGGGAAAGCGUCGCCGUCCAAGUUCGCGCUUCCUCCGGCAACCCCUACGGAAAAGAAGUUUUUCAAUUUACUUGACUUCUCGCCCGGGGCACUGGCCUCUCCUCGCUCAGUGCCCUCGAUCACACCCCGUGAGGUCGAUCAGCUGAAGGCCUCCUUUGCCAGCCAGCUAUCACAGCUACGCGCAGAGUUGAAUGGCCGAGAGGCCGAAAUCGUUGGACUGAGAGAUGCGCUCAGACAAUCAGAGGUGCGAUAUGCAGAUGCGAGCAACGGCAUGAAACAGCAGGAAGACGAAUUCGAAGAGGAACGGAAUAGCUGGCAGAACACAAAGGUAGAACUAAGACAGCUAUUCGAAGCCGAGAGGAUAGAAAAAGAAACCCUCGUCCACGAAAUGGAGAGGAGAGAAGAUGAGCUCCGGAUGCUGCGAGAGAGGGCGGAAGGCGCCCUGAAAGAGCUCGCAGACGCAAAGCGUAGAGUCACCCACGCGGAAGACGAGGCCGUAAGGGCCAAGAAGGAAGCCGAAACCGCUUGGAAGCAUGCCGAAAAGACCCAGCCUUCCGGUUCCGCCGCGCCCCCUCCUCCAGACCCCACCAAUGUCCCGACAGAAGUCGAUAGGGUCGCCCGGGAGCUCCACUCCCUCUACAAAGCCAAGCACGAAACCAAAGUCGCCGCUUUGAAGAAGAGCUAUGAAGCGAAAUGGGAGAAGAAAGUCCUCGCCCUGCAAACCGAACUAGGCACGCAGAAGAAUCGCUGCGGGGAGCUGGAAGCUCAAAUCCAGGAGAAGAAUGAGGAAGAGAUGACCGCAGACAUCAAGUACUCCGCCCCCAACGUCGAGGAGGCAGCAGGACUACGCGAUGAGGUCCAGAGACUCAAGGAAGAACUCAAGAUUGAGAGACGGGAAAAGGGAGAAUUAGUCGGUGCUGUGGAGGAGCUCCUCUCAAUCCAGGCGAGCGCCACCGCCAUGGGAGGGAGAGAAUUGGCGGCGGAGGAGCGGGAGAAGGUUACUAGGAGAGUUGCGAGAGUUAGUGGAGUAGGUUUCGGUGGGAGCAUCGGGAGUAAUAGUGGAUUGAAGAGUGGAAUCGAGAGGAUGGGCGGUGGUGCUAGGAAGUAG